AUGUCCGACAAAGAGUCCCAAACGCCUCGUGUGUUCAUCAUGAGACAUGGAGAGACGGAAUGGUCCCAAGCUGGCCGCCUCACUGGGAGCACAGAAAUUGAUCUCAACGAGAAGGGAGAACAGCAGGUUGCCGCUGCGGCAAAGGCUCACGCGGGCGCAGGCAAAACCAUCGACCCAAAACGCCUUGUGCUGGUCAUCGUUAGUCCAAGAAAGAGAGCGCAACAUACUUUAAAUCUCUUUCUACCGAUGUCCGAUGACGGCGAUCAGAUGCCAGAGGUUGUCGUAAACGAUGACAUAGCGGAGUGGGACCAUGGCGAAUAUGAGGGACUUACCAAGGAAAAAAUUCGAGAACGAAGAUGGGCAAUGGGAUUGGACAAGGGCACCGGAUGGGACAUCUGGCGCGACGGAUGUGCGCGCGGAGAGUACGUCAUGAUUUGCUACGCUGUGUUUGGCGCGUUGAAGCUAAUAUCCUGA